CCCCGCCCCGUGCAGUGCACCGCAGCGCUGUUGCCCAGCCUUGGGAAGCCGGAGGAGGAGGAGGCGGCGGCGCCAGCAACGCCGACACACCUCGGAGCCGCGAGCCGCGCGCCCACAGGGUGGAGAUGUCUGCCCAGAGGUUAAUUUCUAACAGAACAUCUCAGCAGUCUGCAUCUAAUUCUGACUACACCUGGGAAUAUGAGUACUACGAGAUUGGACCCGUUUCCUUUGAAGGACUGAAGGCUCAUAAAUAUUCCAUUGUGAUUGGAUUUUGGGUUGGUCUUGCAGUCUUCGUGAUUUUCAUGUUUUUUGUGCUGACUUUGCUGACGAAGACAGGAGCCCCACACCAAGACAACACAGAGUCUUUGGAGAAGAGAUUCAGAAUGAACAGCUUUGUGUCAGACUUUGGAAGACCUCUGGAACCAGAUAAAGUGUUUUCUCGACAGGGCAACGAGGAAUCCAGGUCUCUCUUUCACUGCUACAUCAAUGAAGUGGAACACUUGGAAAAGGCCAAAGCUGGUCCCCAGACCACAGCCCUCGACAGUGACGUUCGGUUCCAGGAAGGCAUCAGAAGCAGCGGGCCACCCGAGGAGGAGCUGAACAGGCUCAUGAAAUUUGACAUCCCCAAUUUUGUGAACACGGACCAGAACUCCUCCUUUGGGGAUGAUGAUCUUUUGAUUUCAGAACCGCCUAUUGUUCUAGAAAAUAAGCCAGUUUCCCAGACCUCACACAAGGACCCGGACUGAAAUAUAUGCUCCAUAGUGUCUUCCUGAAGAUGUUGGGGUAUGUUUGCGUAGCAAGAAACCUUCAUUUACCAAAAUUGUGUGCAUGUGUGUGUGCAUGUGAGUGAGACAGAGAAACAGAGAGAGACAGGAAGACAAAGAGAGAAGAAAGCUCCCUCUGCAAAGAGCUGAUUAAACUGAGUGUUUAUGCCUUUAAACACAUUCGAGGCUUUUGGAGAAAUAAAGUGUUUAUAACGUCUCAUCUUCCUUGGUGAGAAAUUUGGCCACAUACUCAGUGUCAUCGUUCCUGAAUGGGGGUUAUCGUUCUGUGUCCCAUCCUGGCCCUGCCUCCACCAUGCUUUACCAUCAGAAGUCAAUUCACUUGACUUCUGUGGGCUCCCACAUUGUUUCCUGUAAGACGAGGAGCCUGGAGCAGAUGAUCCAUCCUGGCUCUAAUAUUUUGUGAAUUAAUAACAUUGCAUCCAGACAAGGUUGGAGUAGACACAAAGCUGUAUAAACUAGGACACUGGCUCCUAUUUCUUACUGUAGGACCCCUAAAUAUCUAUACUUUCUACUCAACCUUUCACUGACUCAGCAUUCACCAGGGGCCUGAGUAUCUACCAGGAUGUCAGGAGUCUCGUCUCACACAUCACUGUGAGCAGUGUUUCUGUUGGUUGUGCUCAAACAGCUCUUCUGAGAACCUCUGGCCACCCAUGUGCAAACCUGGGGAGACUCCUGCCCACCUCCCGCCGUCCUAGAGUGAGUAUCAGUCUGUGCUAUAUCUCAUGGUACUCCUGCCCCCUAGAAACGGAAGGGUGGUUAUCAGCUAAGUCAGGGAGGUGACUUGUGUGUCUAUCUGUGUCUGGCCACACUUGUGCUAUUGGCCACCGACCAAGUAAAGUGCUACUUGCAGUGCUGUCUACUUACUUGGCAGGUGUGUAGGUGACAGUCACCUAGCUAGUAUGUGGCUUUGAGCUGAGAUGGUGAAUGUGUUGUAAAUAGGCCACCAACAGUUGUUCGGUUUGGCCUGGUACAACAGGGUAAAGCCUGCACACUGGCAUCAGAAAUAAUUUGGUUUUACGCACUCAGGUUGCAUGCAUGGCCCACUGCUAAUCUCUGGGUGGCAUUUUUAUUAUGAUUUUGUUCACCACCUGUCUUGCUUACGCUAAAAAUAAAUGUAUUUGAUUGCACGAGAAUUUUCUUUGGUUCUUUGUUUUUUUCACACAUUCAGUUUAAUUUUCUCCUUAAAAGUAUUCCUUGUUUAUAUGCCUCCUAACUUCUAUCAGCUCUAGGGUCUUAGUGGUCCAGUCAUGUAACAGAUUUCCUCUAGGAACUAUUCCACUAAAAGAAAUGCCUUUCAUAUAAUGUCUUUUGAGGAAAAUAUUAUUCUUUAAAUAACACUAAACAGAACAAGGAGUGGAAUUUUUUUCUAAUUAAAGCUGCUAUAACACAUUCUUGCCAAUAGUUACUUGCUCUUUUUAAUGGCUAUUUUCAGGAAAGAGCAGGAGUAGUGAAGAACUGAUUUUAUUAAUAUCUGAUGUGAAUAUUAUUCAUAAUUUACUUAACCAAAUAUAAACCAUGAGCUAUUUCUUGUUAAGAUUAAAAGCUUUUUAAAUGGUAUUUGAUUUAGAAGUGGAUUUAUUAGAAGGCUGAAGGAUAUCUAAAAGUUGGAAAAAUGCCCAUGACUAUACCAUCAUUUUUACAAACUAAGUGUCAAGAACCGUGAAGGGUCUAAGAUUUUACUUCUUCUGCAAGCUAACAAGCCA